AUGGCCGUGCCGGUCGGACUUCUUUUCGGAACGUUGACGCUGAUCGGCGUCGUCGGAAACCUCAUCGUCAUUCUCGCCAUCGCCGGCGACUCCAAAAUGCGCCGCUCCGUCAUGAACAUCCUGCUCUUGAAUCUGGUCAGUUUCUCAGGUCGCUUAAAAACUUUGAUCCCAGACUACACAACUUGCUGUUUUCCGAGAACCAAUUUUUCGGAGUUCGAUUUCCCUAACACUGUGCAAGCGACCAAACAUUUUUACUAUAGACGAUUCACGGCUAGCUUGGGACGCAAAAAGGCGUGGCCUGUCUGCACUCUCCACCAACCAGGGCACUGUCUCGUCUCUUUUCGUGGCAGGACCCUUUUCUCGAUGGCUCAAGCCAGCCGUGAAUCAGCUAUAACUUUUCUCGAAUACUAGAAAUUACUGCAGCUUCAAAUAUCAAGAUUUUUUUAUAUUAAAAAAAAUCAUCUAGCCAAAUUUCAGUGAAAGUUAUUCCCUUGCGAGGUGACCCCAUCGAAGAAGAAUCCCUUUUUUUUGUCACAGUAAUAAAAAGGGCGUAAUGUCAUUUUGAAUAUUUUAUAAAGAAAGUUUCUUACCCGUGGUUUUCGAGAUUAUUUAUACAUUGCUCUCAUCAUAAUUAUUUCUCGUGGAUAGAAAAAAUUCAAUUACAUAUUUUAUUGCCCCUUUCUCUCAGUUCCGACUACUCUGCUUUGUAAAAACCUCAUAAUUACUUUUUAGACGGAAAUCUUGCCUUGUCAAUAGGAGGAACCUUCCUGUUUUUUUGCUCAAUUCGUUUAUUUUCGAUGGCCUGAACUAUUUUUCUCUUCAAAAUUAGGAAAAAAAAACAGCGUAAAUUGAAUGAAAUAUUGAGCUUAUGGGAGCCAGAACAUUAAAAAAAUUUUUUUAACUUCAAAACAAUAGAAAAUUUUCAGGCGAUCGCAGAUUUGUGCAAUUUGGUUAUCGCCUCCCCGGAAUGGAUCUCACCAGUAUUUUUCGAAUCUAUGUGGUGAGGGUUUAAUUGAUAUUUGAAGAUUCUAACCAAGAAAGCCGAUCUUUCGUGACUAUUGACUCAAAAGGUUUUGAAAAAAAAAGCUCUUUAAGGUUUCUCCCGAGCUUCAUGUGCUCGGUAUGUCGUUAUUUGGAGUGCGUCUUUCUCUACGCCUCCAUCUUCACACAAAUAAUCGUAUGCAUUGAAAGGUUUGUUUCGAAAAAAUCGGUUACUACUCCCAAAAGCUGUGCAUUGAGAAAAGAUCCCCUUUUCUCUAAAAUUUUGACAAAUUAAGCAUUUAGAAGAACGUCGAAGCUGGUUUUAUGUUCCUAGAUGUAAUAAUGAGUUUCCAUUCACUGGUGAAUCGAGAGGCCGAUAAAAGUAGGUAUAUAUACCGGGUAGCAACUCAAGUCAAUCGGCGUAUCGUAAUCGGUGGUCAUUUGUAUGCGACCGGGUAAUAUCUCUAUGGUACCUGAAUAGUACCUGAUCGGUAUCUGGAUGCUACCGAGUAUUUACCGAAAUUCGCGAUUGCUACUGGCUCGGUCGUUUAUUUAGCACCAGUAUUUUUUACACCUUCCCAAGUCUUCCAGGGUCUUAUUGAAUAGAGCUAAAACAAAAAAUAACUACCCGAGAAGCAAUUCCAGACUUUCCGGUAGCAAUCGCGAAUGUCAGGUAGCGACCGGGUACUAUCUCUAUGGUAGCUACCCGGUAGCUACUUGCAUCGACCUCCGACCCGGGGCGGGUACCAUAGAGAUAGUACCCGGUCGCAUACAAACGACCACCGAUUACCAUACGCCGAUUGACUUUUUCAAAAGUUGCUACCCGGUAGCUAUUUGUAUCGACUCCCCGAUUCACCUCUGAAAUUAGACUUUGAUUAAUAAACUAACUGGAAAGACUGCAGAUACGUGGCGAUCGCGCUUCCGAUGCAAGCACGACGUCUCUGUUCGCGCCGCAACGUUCUGAUGACGGUCGCCGGCUCGUGGCUUUUCGUCGCCGCUUUUGCUUCUCCUUACGCAUCCAUUCACUCGGUUUCCGGUUAGUCACAACUUUUUCUUAUGUUAGGUAAAAUCGAAACCCAAAAUCCAGAAAAAUGACAUGUCGAAGGGUGGCUUUUUCGGAUUUGAAGUGUUUUUGGCCUCAACAAAGUCGUUUUCGUCAGAAGCGCUUCAUUCAUUGUUGGGCUAAAAAAAAAUGAAGCACCCUCGGUGCUUUUCGAAAAGGGCAUAAUUAACUUGCGCCGUAGAGAUAGGGAAAUAAUGUGGGCCCGUUGGUAGUACCAACGAAUAAACUGCUUCACCACGUAUUGGACAAAGAUUGUGGACCGUAACCCGCGCCGACGACUAACUCUUCGAUUAUACCAUGAUUCAGCAGAGAUUUUCUUCAUCUUACUCUGAAGACUGAAUAAAUUGAAAAAUUGAAAUUUUAGAGAUAGGCCGUCCGCCGCGACUUGACAAUUUUCGCGUGUCUGCGUCUCUCUGUUCCCUCACCGGCGAGGUCAGAGAAACAUGAAAACAGCACGUAAACAUGGGAGAGACGUCGAGAGACGAGGAGGGCGCAGAGAAGCUCCGCCCCGCCAUUUUAAGUUGCGAAAAACGGAAAUUGUUUUUCCCCAAAAAAGUUUCAAUAUAUUUAUAUAUAGUCCGUUUUUGAAAAGGCGGGACAUCUCUGCGCCCUCCUCGUCUCUCGUCGACUCUCUCAUGUGGCCGUGCUGUUUUCAUGUUUCUCUGACCUCGCCGGUGAGGGAACAGAGAGACGCAGACUUUCGAAAAUGGCCAAGUCACGGCAAACGGACUAUAACCACCCAACUAAAAAUGAAAGUAGGAAAGAUCGAACUUAAAUGUGAGGAAUAUUCCAGACCUUCAAAGGUUAUCUGAGAAAACUUUCAUCAAGUUCCCAUCCGCACUGUAGGAUGUCUUUCCUUGACAGUGUUAAUCUCCGUUUUCCCAAACGUUUUAUGUAUUUUUUCAGCUUCAAGGCGUCCGAGAUGUUUGAACGUAGCCUAUGGCCUUCCUUGGUGGAGCCGAUUCAAGUUCACGGAGUUCAUCGCAUUCUACUUCGUUCCUUGCAUCAUCUUCGUUUUUGUAUACUCGAAAAUCGCGCGAAUUCUUUGGUCUAAAGACCCCAGUCUUACCGCCUUAUGUCAGUCUCUUUCUGUUAAAAUACACUUUUGCAGUCUCAAUUUUGCACGUCAAAAAAGACUGUUCAGUCGAUAGUCAGCUACUCUGUCACACUCGAGUGCAAUCGAUUUGGAGUUCUUGAAAACUUUUACAAGAUAUUUCUAUAAUCUUCGAUAUUUGAUAACAAGAAUUUAGUGCAAUUUUUUUCAGGCAACCCUGCUCAUACAAGACAGAGGGACUCGUUGCGGACCAGGCGGAACGUCGUGAAAAUGUUGAUCUUCUGCGUCGCCGUUUACUUCAUUUGUUAUUCGCCCAUCCAAUUUCUGUUCAUUUCAAGGUAAAGUUUGGAGCAGGAAGGCUUUCAAAAAAAGUUCAGCAACAUACUCGGAAUCGUUUUCCGUCCUCCAUACGAGUUUAUCUUGCUCAUGAACGCUUUGGCGAUGACUUGCUCAGCUAGUAAUCCGCUGCUUUACACGUUGUUCUCGACCAACUUCAGAAAACGGUGACUUAUUUGUGGAAACUUCGUAUUCAAAACUUUUUUUCAGAUUGUGGGCCUUUGUACCAACAACCAAUGUAUCCAGUAAAAGCUUUUCCUUAUGUUCACAUCGUUUCGGCUCCAACAUAUCUCAGAGCGCUCCAUUACAACCUUUGAAAACUAAUGAUUCGGCCAAAUCGCGAGAACAGUCUUUUUUCUGA